CUGGAAGCAUCCCAUGGCAAACCUACUUCCAAAGGGUGCUCUCUGCUGCCUCGACAGGACAGACAUGGCUCAUCUCCUACAUCUCAGGAUUCAGAUGCUUUGCAACGGCCAUACUCUCAGUGCUCAUUGGUGCAGCCGCAGCAUCAACAGCAUAUACCUCCAUUGCUGGCUUGGGAGACAUUGCUGCUGCCACAAUGUCUUCUGCAGAUUCAGCUCUUCUCUCUGCUGACUCCAUGUUCGCUCACAAUAUCUACAGGAAAAUCCUGAGGAAAAAGGCUACAGAGAUAGAGGUGUUAUGGGCUAUGAGGACCUCCAUGUUGGUGUUUGGGGCUGGGGCUGCCAGUCUGGCUUUUUACUCCUGCUCUGUCCAUGACCUCUGGUUCCUCAGCAGGGAGCUGGUGCAGGCCCUCCUCUUCCCCCAGUUCAGCUGUACCCUCUUCACUCCCAGCACCAAAACCUACGGCUCAGCUGCUGGAUUCUUGGUUGGGCUCCUGCUGGGGCUACUAGCAGGGGAGCCUGCCCCGAGUAUCCCCCCUGUCAUCUGCUACCCAGUCUGCUCCCUGGUGAACAGGAUCUACAGCCAGGUCUUCCCUUUUAAAACAUUCACCAUGCUUCUCACCUUCAGCACGAUCCUUGCUGUUUCAUACCUGGCCAAGGUUUUAUUUCAGAGAAACCUCCUUCCCCACAGGUGGGAUGUUUGCAAUAUCAUAGGGGGAACCGGUAUCCUCAUCCUCCUGCAGCAGAUGGAGAAACAGAGGGGUUCACCAACCAUUGCACUAGAAGAAAACCGUGGCUAAACGUGGGGCUUCAUUUGAAAGGCCACUGUGCAUUCAGCAGUUAGAGUAAGGCACAAACAGCACAGCUCUUCCCUUUGCUCUCUCUGGUGUGAAUUAUUUAAAGUUCUCACAGAGCAAUAAAACCAAAUUCUGUUUACGUGUGAGCUUGAAGUCUGCAGUGAUUAAAGUCACAUGGUGAUGGAGCACAAUCUUGUGGUGGUGACCACAGGGUGGGCACCUCAGGCCCCGGCAGUGGUUGCUUCGAGGUGCUCCGGGUACCCCACCUGAAAGCAAAGCUAUAAAUCAUGCUCCAACAUUUAGGGCAUUCCCAAGUCACAUACUUUUCUCACCACAAAAGAGACAAAUUAAUGUUUAAUAGAUUGGAUAUUCUUGAUUUAAAAAAAAAAAGGUGGGCAAACCUGUUUCCAUUACACAGUUAGAGGUUUAGCAUAACCAUCCUUGGGGAGAAUAUCAGACCUAUAAAAACACAGAUUACUGAAAGCAGUGCAACCACCACAGUAGUCCAGCAGUAAUAUCAGCUCUGCACCAUUCCUUAUAUGCUUUACAAAGCUUUCCUUGACACAGCAAAAACUUUUGCUUAUGCCUCUCCCCACUGUGGUACCAGGCCACACAGCCAGUGUGGAUCCCACAGCCUGGGGAUGUGCAAGACGUUGUCUCUCAUAUGACCUGAAAAGGCAGAAGCAGAUGUGCAAGAUGAAGCAACAACUCUUAAUUAUUCAAUAAGCCACUAUCUCAAAAAUUUAAUCUGUAGCUGUAAAAUUAAGUACUUUAUUAGAA